CAGCUUCUCCCAGGCGCGUCCUCCUGACCGGCUCCACGCGGAGCUAGGAUGGGUUAUCAUGGCUGCCAGAGCCUCCGAGGCAACUCCUGCCGGGUCCGGCUCUCACAGGACGGGUUCGAGAACUCCCAGGCACAGACGAGAGGCAAGCCCGCCUGCACAUUCCUGCACCUGCACUCACAACUUCACUUAGGUUCGCGGAGGAGAAAGGGCUGAAGGCUUUUGGCCCUUCGAGGCUUCCGUAGCGAGGGGGCGGGGCCCGGAAGGGGCAGGAUGGCGGCGCUGGACAGUGACAGUGAUGAGGACUUGGUCAGCUAUGGGACAGGCCUGGAGCCGCUGGAAGAAGGUGAAAGACCAAAGAAACCAAUUCCUCUUCAGGAUCAGACUGUCAGAGAUGAAAAAGGAAGGUAUAAACGAUUUCAUGGAGCCUUCAGUGGAGGUUUCUCUGCUGGGUACUUCAACACCGUUGGCUCAAAGGAAGGAUGGACACCCUCUUCCUUCGUGUCUUCACGACAGAACAGAGCAGACAAAUCUGUUCUUGGUCCGGAAGACUUUAUGGAUGAAGAGCCAGACGACAAACUCGUGGUGCUGGGGCAAUAG